GUUCUAGUUUGGCAUGUGGCGCCCUCUUGCGGGGUGUGAUUUGCUCGACAGUGUACAAGACUUGCGGCCGGUGUCCGGGCGUGUACAGAGUGUGCCCUGAACAGGCGCUGGACGCGAUCUCGAACUGAUCCAUCUCUCGGGCAUGUCAAUCAUCCUCUCGGAAGUGUCAGAUAUCUAACUAGUGUGUACACAAGUAUUCCCGCUGCGCCACAGCUGCGCUGCACACCGUGGUAUCUCAGGGCGCUGCAUCUCCUCGUGAUAUGCGCCGGCGCACUCUGUGACACGCCCGCGCCCGCAUCGCCACGCGUCGACAGAGGAGCGAUAACCGACCUCCUCCACUCUGCCAAGUUUCGAUUUCAUCGGUCCUCUCACUCCGUAGUCGCCCGUCUGCUGCUGCAGACGCACGUGCGAGACGCUACACGUGAUGCGGCCUGCCUCACGGUACUGGCAACACGAACAAUACCCGAUCCAAUUUUGAAUGUGAAAUUUGAUUGAUAUGACGCGCCACUUCUCAAAUGUAAACAACGCGUUCAAUUAAAUAUUGUGAAAAUUUUAAAAUAAAAAGCUAAGUGUAAGGAUAGAAAGUGUAGUUGAAAUAGUGAAAGAUGACGUCGCGCUCGAAAGAAAAGGUGGCGGCAGCUUUCCGGAAGUUGUUCCGAUCCCCGGAAAAACUGGACAACGACGGUGCCGGACCCAGCGGCUCACCCGCGCGCCGCGGUCUGCUCCGCCGACACAGAGAUGGUGUGAGUCCAGCAGAUGCAGCCGCCAGCUUGCCCGCGAGUCCCGGGGCGGCAGCGCUGGUAAAGAAGAAGGCGGCCGGAGCCACCGACGUGCGCGAGCGCGCGGCCGCCGUACGGACGCGGAGGCUCAUGAAGGAGCUCAAGGAAAUCCAACGGUCGCAGGAGAAUAGGCCGGAUCCUAUCUUCACGGUGGAGUUGGUGAACGACAACCUGUUCGAAUGGCACGUGCGGUUGCACCAGAUCGACCCCGAGAGCGAGCUGGCGGGCGACCUGCGCGAACUGCAGAUACAGCACAUACUGCUGCACCUCAUCUUCCCAGAGAACUUCCCCUUCGCGCCGCCCUUCAUGCGAGUCAUCGAGCCCAGGAUAGAGAAAGGGUUUGUCAUGGAAGGAGGAGCAAUUUGUAUGGAAUUGUUGACGCCCCGGGGCUGGGCUUCGGCUUAUACCGUGGAAGCCGUGGUGAUGCAGUUCGCGGCGUCCGUGGUGAAGGGGCAGGGGCGAGUGGCGCGGGCGCCGCCGCGACCUUCCCGCGAGUUUUCACGAAGACGCGCCGAAGAAGCAUUCCGCUCGCUCGUCAAAACUCACGACAAGUAUGGCUGGGUUACGCCGGCGCUCUCUGACGGUUGAACCCAGGUGGUGCUGGUCAACUGUACCUAAUGCAGAAUUGAUCUCCUUUAGUUUUAUUUAGAAUUAAUUAACUAGUGCAAAUUUUGUAAAUGCUGUGCUCUGUAUCUGUAUAGUUGACUGUUAAUUUACUCAAGUGAAACCCACUAAAAAUUAUAAAAAGUAAUUACUUAAGUCAUUUAAAAUGUGGCUAAUGCAAUGUAGUUUAAUGAAAUCAAUAGUAAUAUAUAGGUAGGUAUAUGUUUAUAUUAAUUGUUCAUCAGACCACACCAUAUUCCACCGUAUUACGUAGAUAGAAUCAAUAUCAUUAGUCUAUCGAUAGUAUCAAUUACAUUUUUAUCUGUGAACCAUAAAACUUAAUAUAGACUAUUGGUAAAAAAUUAAAGUGAGUUUUUUUUUUUUUAAAUGUGUUAGUCUGUAACUAAGAUUCGGAAAAGCCUUGUAGCAUUCUGCAAUCCUAUUAUUCAGAAACGAUAUCUUGUGCUUAGUGAAACUGACAUGUAAAAUGUAAGAUUUUUUGAUAAAUUUGUUGAAUUUACUCCAUUAGACUAGAUUAAGAUAUAUUUUGUAUGUACUUCUAAAUUGGACUAUACACAAACUGUUGGAAAAUUGUUGAUAUGCUACAUUACAUCAGCCAAACAGUUUUCUAUAAAUUCUUUUCAGAUGGUGUGUUGCACAGUCCACACACUAGUGUAUCAAACAAAAUUAUCUUUUACUAUAUGUUUUUUUUUACAUUACAGGGGGUAUGUACCUACAUGUGUUUAUAGUAUUGUGCCAAACCAUUAUACUAAAACAAAUAAUGCUCAUUUCUGUAAAUAAAUUAAGAAACUUAAUUUUUAAAGCUCAGUAUAUCGAAACAAUAAGAUUAUGGUAUAGUCGAUUAUUGUAUAAUGAUAUGUCCACUUUAUUUGGAAAAGCUAUUUUUUCAAGAAAAAGAUAUUAUUUUAUUUUAUUUAAGAUAUUAUUUGAUUGUAUUUUAUUCAAAAUACGCGAUUAGAGAUUAAGAAAGUAUAAAAAGGUCUCCAAAGCGCCACAUCCUUUUUCAAAAUCAUUGCUUGAAUGUUUUAUAGGAAAUGUCUCCGUCCCAAAGUCAUUUAAAUCAUUUUGAUAAUAAAGCAAAAUUUCGUAGUUAGUUCCAUCAAAUAAUACUUUCCAGCUAAAUUCUUUAACCACCUUUUAAUAUAUUAAGAACUCAUGUUAUAUUUUAUUAAAACACAAUGAGUGUACUGCCAAAAUAUUACAUGCUUUUUGUAAUUAAUUAUUAUUGUAGUGAAGUCAAAUUAUGAUAUUUCCAUGAGUAGACAAAUGCUCAAGUUAUUAGAUUAACCAACAUUGAGAUGUGAAACAAAAGGCUUGUGGUAAUGUAUUGUAAUGUAAAAUUAUAGAACAGUAAAAAUUACAUAUUUUAGAAACUAAUUGGUGUUGUUAGUUUGGUCAACCAAAGAAGUUUAUUUUUGUGUAAAGCAAUUCAGUGCAAGAUGUGUAUUUAUAACUGGAUUAUAUGUACAAUGUUAUUAUGGGUGUAAUAAAUAAGAUAUCUACCUGCGAAAA